CGCUUCCCUUAACAAGAAGUUUCCGGUGAAAGAUCUGGGGGAGUGUACCUGGUACGACGGGUGUGCUAUCGCCAUGGAUGUAGAAAAUGGCAUCACCAAGCUGUCCCAGACAGCAUACAUUGAGAGUAUGCUGAAGCGGUUUGAUGUGACCACGACCGCUUUCACCCCUGCUGCCACCGAUGCCGACCUAGGGCCGAAGAGAGAUGACGAGCCCGCGGUGGAUAAGCCUGUGAGGGAGGCGAUCGGAUGCCUGAUGUGGACGAAGCUGACGAGGCCAGACAUCGCCCUGCCUCUGAACAAGCUCCAGAAGAUCGCCCACUCACCCACCGGGAGGAUAUGGAACGCGCUUGUGCGGAUCAUGUCCUACCUGAACUUCACGAAGGACUUCGGCAUCACCUACGUACGGGGGUCAGGACUAGACCUAAGCGUGUUUGUCGAUGCCAGCUACGCUGACAACGAAGUAGACAGGCGUUCUACGACCGGGCUAGCUGGCGUGAAGGAUGCGUUGUUUGUGCAUGGCGUUCUGUCUUUCAUAGCGCCCGAGGCGAGUGGGGCGAAGAUCAAGGUCCUUGAGGACAACAAGGGGGCUCUGGCCUUAAUCGAGAACUCGUUCAGCUCAGCGAGGAGCAAGGACAUCGAUGUGCGGUUCCAUUUCAUUCGCGAGCUUUUCAAGUCGGGCAAGAUCACUGCAGAGUAUGUUCCAACUGGAGAGCAGCACGACGACAUGCUGACCAAGGUCCUUCGCAGAGAGAAGUUAGGAAGCGUUGUGCCGGCGCGUCACACGAGGCUGGAGCCUAGAAACGCCGAGAGCGUUGCUUCGGGUGUGUAA